CUUCUGAACCAACACAAACUUGAUCAUCCUCUUCAACAAAGAUGGCUGUGGUCGAAGCUGCAUCUCCCACAACUUUUGAUCCUAAAAACAAGCCAAAAAGGAACAAGUUCGCUUUGGCCUGUGCCAUUUUGGCUUCAAUGACUUCAAUCCUAUUAGGUUACGAUAUCGGAGUGAUGAGUGGAGCAGCUCUGUACAUAAAAAGAGACCUGAAAAUUUCGGACGUGCAAGUCGAAAUCAUGAACGGCAUCAUAAACCUCUACUCUCCGGUAGGUUCCUUCAUCGCCGGCAGAACCUCCGACUGGAUAGGCCGCCGUUACACCAUUGUCCUCGCCGGAGUCAUUUUCUUCGCCGGCGCCAUCCUCAUGGGACUCUCCCCUAACUACGCCUUCCUCAUGUUCGGCCGCUUCGUCGCCGGCGUCGGCAUCGGCUUCGCCUUCCUCAUCGCCCCCGUCUACACCUCCGAAAUCUCCCCUACCUCCUCUCGCGGCUUCCUCACUUCCCUCCCCGAGGUGUUUUUGAACGGAGGAAUUUUAAUCGGUUACAUUUCGAACUACGGAUUUUCUAAAUUGCCACUUCGGUUGGGUUGGCGACUCAUGCUUGGAGUCGGAGCCGUUCCGUCUAUUUUCCUAGCUGUGGCGGUGUUAGCUAUGCCGGAGUCGCCACGGUGGCUCGUUGCGAAAGGUCGAUUAGGUGAAGCCAAAAGAGUUUUGCACAAAAUCUCCGAUUCGGAGGAAGAGGCUCGGCUAAGGCUAGCUGAUAUUAAACAAACAUCUGGGAUCCCCGACGACUGCGACGACGACGUCGUUUCCGUCACGAAGCGGAGUCACGGCCACAGCGUGUGGAGGGAGCUUUUCCUCCAUCCCACGCGCGCGGUUCGUCACAUAUUCAUCGCGUCGCUGGGGAUUCAUUUUUUCGCGCAAGCGACGGGCAUCGACGCCGUCGUUUUGUACAGCCCGAGAAUCUUCGAGAAGGCGGGGAUAAGAUCCGACAACUACCUUCUUUUGGCCACCGUGGCCGUUGGGUUUGCGAAAACCGUUUCCAUUUUGGUGGCCACGUUUUUGUUGGACCGGGCCGGGCGGCGCGUGUUGCUUUUGUGCAGCGUUGGCGGGCUGGUGCUCUCGCUGACCACCCUCGGGGUGAGUCUCACUGUGGUGGACCAUUCGCGGACCACGCUGACGUGGGCCGUUGGGCUGAGUCUCGCUGCGGUGUUGUCCUACGUGGCCUUUUUCUCGAUUGGGUCGGGGCCCAUCACGUGGGUUUAUAGCUCGGAGAUCUUCCCGCUGAGGCUGCGGGCCCAGGGUGUGGCUAUUGGAGCCAUGGUGAAUAGGGUCACUAGUGGGGUCAUAUCCAUGACUUUUCUGUCGCUUUAUAAGGCUAUCACUAUUGGCGGUGCUUUUUUUCUGUUUGCGGGAAUCGCUGUUGCUGCCUGGGUCUUUCACUACACGCUGCUCCCCGAGACACGUGGGAAGACUCUUGAGGAAAUUGAAGGGUCGUUUGGUAAUUUCUGGUGGAAACCCAAGGCUGAGGUAGCUAAAGCUACCGCACAAACGGAACUAAAAACCAUUGGCCAAACUUCCACAAACGUGGAUUAGGAUAAGAUGUUAACUGAUAAGGUGUCGUACUGUCGUGAUAGGAUUGAAGUUUUCAUGGUAAAUGUAGUUAUCUCUUAAAAAAAGCAUUGUAAAGUAAAUCCUGAUAUUACAAUA